CGUGCAAUCCUCUGAUCGCUGAAAAUUUUCGUCACAGGUUUUUUUCCACUCGGUACGCUCGAAAAGGGAAGACAGAGGGUUUCGGUAUCGGUAGGUAUUAUCAACGAUGGACGACAAGGAAAGGGGGAGGAAAGGGUCGGUUAGGUGGACACGGGGUAAAGUUUGAGGACGGUUUAGCAGCGCGAAGCCGAGCGUAAGAGAUGGCAGGUGCACCCACGAGCCGAGGAAAUCAAUACGCGUUGGAGACCGGUAGAGGGGUUGAGAGGCGCGUCGAAGCAUCCCCAUGAGAGGCAGCGACGAAAAGCUAGGAACACCGAUAUAGGAGGCGGGAGAACGGUGAAAAAGGCUGGAAAAUAUUGCAGCCUGGAGGACGAACGAUCCCGAGGAAAACCACCUCGAUCGUACCCGUUUCUUCGCCGUUGCGGUUCGCGUCGACUCCGAAUUCACCCGGGAGUCGUUCCGACCUACUAUCAGUACAGUGCGAACCGACAAUUAAAGUGACGAGUGCGGUGAUUAGCCGAUCGUGUCCAUCAAGAUGUCGGUGAAGAUGAUGAUGUACAAGCAGGCAGAGUUCGAGGACGAGGACAGUAGCAGCAUCGGUUCGGUGGCAUUGAACAGCGAGGGUAUCAGCACCUCUGCAACGCACAUCAGAUAUCGUUCGGGAACCUCGUUGUGGAGAGCGAGGAGCGCACUGGAGAAAUGUCUCUUCAUCGUGUGCGCCGGCCUGCUGUUGAUGGUCGUGAUGCUGUCGAUCGUGAUCGGUAGCGAGAACGGUUGGAACGAGGAGCAGAUACUUCGCGUCACUUCGCACGACGAAGACGGUGCGCUUUGUUUAACCGAGCACUGCGUAACCGUGGCCGCGGCCAUCAUAAACAGUAUAGAUCGCACGGUGGAUCCGUGCGACGACUUCUACGAGUUCGCAUGCGGUGGUUGGAUCAAGAGGAAUCCGAUUCCUGAUGGGAACAGCAUGUGGGGAACGUUCGGCAAACUCGAGCAAGACAAUCAGCUGGUGGUGAAAAACGUUCUCGAGAAACCGUUCAGCGAGAUGGUCUCGAAAGCUGAGAAGAAGGCCAAGUAUUACUUCCUCUCUUGCAUGGACGCGAACGACACUAUCGAAUCGUUCGGCGCUAAACCGAUGGUAACUCUGUUGGACAGCAUCGGUGGUUGGAAUAUUUCUGGGAAAUUCAAUCUGACCGCCUGGUCGUUGCAAAAUAGCAUGCACAUCCUGCAGAACGUCUACAACAUGGACGGUUUGUUUACAUGGGCGGUGAACGAAGACGAUCGAAAUAGCAGCAGGCACAUUAUACAAAUCGAUCAAGGAGGUCUGACGUUACCAACCGCGGACAAUUAUUUAAACGUCACGGAGCACGGUAAGGUGUUGGUUGCCUAUCUGGAAUACAUGACAAAGAUCGGGGUGCUGUUAGGUGGCGAGGAGAAUUCGACGCGAAAGCAGAUGCAACGAGUGAUAGAGUUCGAGACGAAGCUUGCGGAGAUCACGACGCCACCGGAGGAGCGUCGAGACGAGGAGAAGCUUUACAAUCUGAUGUCUCUGAGCGAUCUGCAACGCAAAGCGCCAUUCAUGUCCUGGGUGGACUAUUUUCAAAACGCGACCCGUCUCGUCAGCAAGAAGAUCAACAGCAAAGCGAUGAUCGUGAAUUUCGCGCCGGAGUAUUUCGAGAAACUGUCCAAGCUCGUUUUGGAAUACAACAAGACCGACGAGGGAAAAAUAAUACUGAAUAACUAUCUGGUUUGGCAGACGGUCAGAUCACUGACGGCUUACCUGUCGAAGCCGUUCCGGGAUGCUUACAAAGGACUUAGGAAAGCUCUGAUCGGUUCGGAAGGUCGCGAGGAGCAAUGGCGUUAUUGCGUGAGCGACACGAAUAACGCGAUGGGUUUCGCGAUCGGCGCGAUGUUCGUCAGAGAAGUGUUCCGUGGCAAGAGCAAACCCAUGGCGGAGGAGAUGAUCGAUCAGGUCCGCAAAGCGUUCACCAAGAACCUGAAGAACCUCGAUUGGAUGGACACGGAAACGAGGAACGCCGCCGAAGAGAAAGCGAACGCGAUCACCGAUAUGAUCGGUUUCCCUGAUUUUAUAUUGAACCCACGGGAGCUGGACGAGCGUUACAGAGACUUGUCGAUUAAACAAAACGAAUACUUUCUGAACAACAUAAGGGUGAACAAGUAUAAUCUUCGAAAGAAUUUAGAAAAGCUCGAUCAACCGGUGAACAAGACCACGUGGAUCAUGACACCGCCCACGGUGAACGCUUACUACAGGCCUACGAAAAAUCAAAUGGUUUUUCCAGCUGGUAUUUUACAAAGUCCUUUCUACGACAUGGAGAAUCCGAAGAGCCUGAAUUUCGGAGGCAUAGGAGUGGUGAUGGGCCACGAAUUGACUCACGCUUUCGAUGAUCAAGGAAGAGAAUACGACUUGCAUGGAAAUUUGAAUCAAUGGUGGAACAACGCCACGAUCCAGAGGUUUAAGAACAGAACAGAGUGCUUCGUGGAGCAGUACAAUAAUUUCGAGAUACAUGGCCGACACGUAAACGGGCGACAAACUUUGGGAGAAAAUAUUGCGGACAACGGAGGUCUCAAAGCGGCUUACCACGCGUAUCUGACAACCUCGAAGAGUUACAAGGAUCAGCAGUUGUUACCUGGUCUCGAUUUCACGCACCGUCAAUUGUUCUUUUUAAAUUUUGCCCAGGUCUGGUGUUCAGCGAUAACUUCCGAGGCGAUAGCCCUUCAGAUCGAGAAAGAUUCUCACUGUCCACCGAAAUAUAGAGUGAUAGGACCGUUAUCGAAUCUCCCGGAUUUCGCCCCGGAAUUCCGGUGUGCGCUAGGCUCGCGAAUGAAUCCUGUUCACAAGUGCGAGGUGUGGUAACGCGUUCUUCGUUUAAACAGAUUCUGUUUCAUUCGAUUCUCGAAGCCGCCGAUCGUCAACAAUUUUCAACACCCUUCCAUUUAUCCGAGCCACCCUUCUAAUUAUCUCCUGAGUUCCUUUCGUUCGCUGAAGCGAUGCGUUCGUAAUUUGCGGAGAGGGCAGAAAUCGCGCGUCCCUGGACGUUUGCCGGACAAACGUCGGAAGCUUUAUCAAACGAUUCCCAUUGUACUGAAUUCUCGCUUGUUUCGUUCGAACGAUGCGAUUUGAAAGCAGACCAGGACCAUUUCGCGCUCGUCCUAUAUAAAAAUCGGCAGCGAAACGAUGGGUGGUUCGCUUGGUUCAUCGCGAUCGUCGGAGACGAGUAAUCGUUUAUCCCAAUCUGACUGUGCCGCAACAGGGAGCUGUGUUUUUAUUAUGCGAACGGUCAUUUUUCACUUUUAUACGUGGAAUCAGUGUUACUCAAUCGAUUCGUGUAUGUUCCCAGUAAAAACAUAUCGCGCCGUCUGGUUACCUUCUUCGAAAGGUAUACGAAGAAAUUGAGAGAAAACUGAAGAAAGUGGAAUCCGUUGGAGACGACGAUCAGACUUUACACGUUCGGUAUCCUUUCUUUUAUCUUUGCUUUCUUCGACGAUCUCGAUGAGCCAGAGCGAUUGUAAGCGGCCAGGUAACUCUAGUGUUAAGCUUCGAGAAAUAUUAAUUUUAUAAAUGAAAUCGGUAGCGCGUUAGGUUUCCGCGACGACAUUUUUCAAUGUGCUUCUGUCGCGUAAAAAGUUCGCCGUUCGAGCCUGCGAGAAAGCUUUUACUUUUUUUUGCGGGCUAGAAAGUACGACACCGAUUGUACACAACGUAUUAAAUAUUAACUGAAUUUGUCGUAUAAUUUAAGUAAUUAUUUUGUAUAAAUAGAAUGUCGAUAGCGAUCCUUCGCGCUUACAUGUAUAACCGUCGAGAACCGGCGAGAUCGAAAGUUUUAUCGGGACGAAUAAGUUAGUCGGCCCAGGUUAGCUCGUUCUUCGAUGUAAGUACAACUUAAUCGAUACGGUGUUUGUUAAACGAUGUGCCAUGAAUCUUUCUUUUACAUUUACAAUUUACAUCGUUCGAGCAACAUCGAACGCGUAAUAGUGGAUAAGAGGAAAGCGAUUCUUUCCGACCGUUGUAUAAUUCCAUGUUCCGAGUGGUUCCCAAUUCAGUUUGCCGACGAAUGAGAAUGAAAGGUUCCGCGAUCGAUCGCGAAGAUGUAAGAAAUCGAUCAAUGAUUGUUUCGAUCGAACAGAUAAUCACUCAACGAUCUCGAGUUUAUUGAUGACGCGCGUUUAAAUCAAAUAAAGAAAUGAUUAAAUAA